AACUUACAUAAACACUAAACUAGAAGUCUUGCUAUGGGUAAAGUAGGUAUACUGCAGAGCAGCACAUAUCCCUUCAUAAUUUAUUAGGUAUAAAUAAAAUAGACCCUACCAUAUGUGCUGUCCUACGCCGCGGCCGGCCUACCUGCCUGGCCGAUGCCGAAGUGCCCGAAAUGUCGUUUGACCGGUUCUCCUGCUCGCACUCAUAGGCUAUUAUCUCUCGCGAAUUCCCUCUCAGCGGCCGAUUGGUUCGCCCACCAUACACAUACCGUUUGACAAACGGUCAGAUUUUUGUCCUCGUGUGACCACACGACAAUCGUUAGUGUUUCGUGCGCUACUUAAUGUGAACAUUUCCUAUUUGAAGCAUCUGCUUCGUUUGAGUUGUGAUGUAAACAGAAAAAAAUGUUUAUAUAACUUUACAAUACUUUAAGAUAGGUAGAUAGUCCAUCAUUUAAAAAAAGUGUUGUUAUUUGCACCGGAGUCUACCAGUUGUUUUGUGAUUUUAUGUAAAAACAAUAAUUGAAACUGUGGAAAUAUUUCCAUUAAGUUGAGGAAUAUAUACUACUUGUGCUUGAAUACCUACAUAAAUGGUUAUACACGAAGUAUUAUAAUGAAUCGUGCACCUUUGAGAAACAUGGAAUCCUUACCAAAACAAUUUGUUUCGGCAAUGAGAACUUUAUUUGAUAUUAUGGAUGACAAACACACUGGCUAUGUCAAAGUUACGGAUAUUGAAAACCGUUGGCGGGAUGAUCGUACUAGAGGUUUGCCCCGUGGCGUGAUAGAGAGCCUACAGAAGGUCGCUUCUCAUGACGGUUUGCUGACAUUCGAAAGGUUUUGUACGGGAUUAAAAAUUUGCCUGUUGCGUAAUCAAGUUGAAAGUUCAUCAGGCAAAGAUGAUAGAUUUAACGACGAUGUGGACAAUAUAGUAUUACAUGCUCAAAUAGGUUCUCAAACACACCGACCACCUUCUGCACCUUUGCUGGACGUAAACGAUUCGCCAAAUAUAGAGCAUAAUUGGAUGGUUUUAAAAAGCUCUGAAAGUUCCUCUCAGCACAGGACCAUAAGUAUGCCUCAACUAAUUGGACGAAAAGAUGGAUUAAUUCAGGAGCCUCGUCAUCAAGUUACAGUAUCGAUAUCAAAGCAUGAUGCUUCACGAAGAGUUUAUGGCCCCCCAAAACCGCCUAGAUUAGAAAAACAGACCACUGAGAGAAAUGAAACCAAAUCUAGCUACAAAUCCGAGGAGGAAACUGUGUUUGACAGUGAAGAAAUAUCGGUCGACAAAAUUGAUUUUGAAGAAAUUUCUCGAGCAGUUGAAGAGCAAAGCAGAGGCCUAGGUGAUGGUAGGUCAGCCAACGAAACGCAGUCGCAAAUGAGGCGAAUCUCUAGGCGCCGUGAACCUCGUCGCCACACUCUACACAAUGGUGUGGACUAUAAUCUUUUGAAACGGAUGAAGCAGAUAGAACAAGAAAAAGAUGUGUUAUUGAAGGGAUUGUCCGCAGUGGAGGAAGCUCGAGAAUGGUAUUUAAAGCAAUUAGCAGAGGUUCAAGAAAAAAUGCGAUACGCAGGACGUAUGGGUGCUUAUGUGGAGCCAUGGAGUGAGGCACACCAGGAAAGACUGGAACUACUGAAAGCUAGAGUUUUGGAACUUAACCGUCAACUAGGGGCGUUGGCAGCCGGUUGGCGUCAUGGUCAGCUUUCGCUUCAUAUGAACUUGGCGCUACCUGCGGCAUCGCUAUCAACAACGGGAACUACAGCCACUCCGAAUAACGCAUCUGUACUUAGAUCUCAAAACCGUAUGCUUGCCGAGGAAGUCAACAGAAAGAAUGAAAGAAUUACAGUUUUGGAGAGAGAAAAAUCAGCACUUAUUAGAGAACUACUACUACAAAGGAACAGAUCAAAAUUAAUUGACACCUUCACAUGAAGAUUGUAAUUGAUUUUUCUAAUAUCUUGUUGUUUUGUUACUAUAAUGUAUGACAAAAACUAAAGAGAAUAAUAAUUAUUAUGUCAUAAUAAUUAAUUUAGCCACCAUAAUUUUGGCAUCCGUGUUAGAAAUCAAUUUGCAACAUAAUUGAAAAAUUUCUUUGGAUAACUCUUUUUAGUAUUAUAAUCAUAAUAUUAUGUUCUUGAUGGCCAUAUAUUUUAUGAUCUUGUAAGUAUUAUAUUUACAAUAACUAUAGUGCCAUAAUAAUAAAAUUUCAGGGCUUCCUAAAUAUAUAAAUAAUUGUGCAAUCAAAGAGCUAUAUUUACUUUGUGUUUCUAUAUUUAUGUAACUAAGAUCUAAGAUAUUAUAUUGAAUUUACACAGAA